UGCCUCCAUACCAAUUUUUCAAAAGGUUACUGUCACUAUAAAAUGUGAUACUGAACUUAUAUCCAAAUCAUCUUUCUCUCAUCUUCUAAUCAAAAGGUGUUUCAUAAGUACUUUUCAUUACCCAUUGUGGUACUUGCUCCAAUAAAUUAAACCUGAUGGCAGCCUCUUACACACAACAAAACUAUGACAAAUAUAGUGAACUAAAAGCCUUUGAUGACACAAAAGCAGGUGUCAAAGGUCUUAUUGAUGCUGGAAUUACUAAAGUACCUCAAAUAUUCAUCCAUCCAGACGCCUUACAAAAUAACCCCUCAAAUCCCAAAAAUACACAUUCCAAUUUCCCUUUAAUUGACCUCCAAAACAUCAGCAACAACAAGAAGGAAAUUGUUAAACAAGUUCAAGAAGCAUCAGAGACAUGGGGUUUUUUCCAAGUGAUCAAUCAUGGUAUUCCAGAGGCAGUCCUAGAUGAAAUGUUGCACGGGGCACGACGUUUUCAUGAGCAAGAUGUUAACGUUAAAAAAACAUAUUAUAGUCGAGAUGUUGCAAGGAAGGUUACGUACAAUUCCAAUUUUGAGUUGUUUAGUGAAAAAUCUCUUGCAGCAGAUUGGAGAGACUCACUAUACUCUGUCAUGGCUCCUAAUCCUGCUAAGCCUGAGGAAUUGCCUGAGACAUGCAGGGAAAUUAUAAUUGAGUACUCAGAUCAUGUGAUGAAAUUGGGAUACACAUUGCUUGAAUUAUUAUCAGAGGGACUUGGUCUCAAACCUAACCAUCUCAAAGAUAUGGGAUGUGCUGAGGGGCUAGGCAUUUUGUGCAAUUACUGCCCUAAAUGCCCACAACCAGAACUUGCCAUGGGCACAACUAGACAUGCUGAUUAUGACUUUUUCACAGUGCUUUUGCAAGAUGAUAUUGGUGGACUUCAAGUUUUUCACAAGAAUCAAUGGGUUGAUGUUCCUCCUAUUCAUGGAGCUUUAAUAAUCAAUAUUGGUGACAUUCUUCAGCUUAUAUCGAAUGACAAAUAUAAAAGCAUAGACCACAGAGUGUUGGCAAAGAAAAUUGGUCCAAGAAUAUCAGUAGCAAGUUUCUUCAGCACAGGGCCAUUUGCAUCUUCCAGAAUUUAUGGACCAAUUGAGGAGUUAUUGUCAAAAGACAAUCCUCCGAAGUACAGAACAACAACAGCAAAGGACUUCUUUGAAUAUUCUAUCAAGAAAGGACUUGAUGGCAAUUCUAAUUUGUCUCACUACAAAAUUUGAACUUCUUUUUUUUCUCUCCGAUAUUCGAUAUCCGCAUUGAAACCUAAAUAUAUUUUGAAUCACACGUUGCAGGGCCCAUUCUGGAGUUGAAAUAAUGUUUUUAAAUUUGUUUGAACCUAACAACCUUUCUAUCUAUAAAGAUAGGAAUAAGAUUUAUCCUCCUCAUACCUCACUUGUGAGUAGGAGUGGACAUGAUAUGA